CACCAAUCCGCACGCCUCUAUUCAGAACAAGCUCGCCAUCCCUGCCGCCACGACUUGCCUGCUCCUGUCCUCUCUGCAGCGUCCAUACCGCGCAACUCUCUCUUGGCGGCGUCUGAUCCCUGCGCCCUGUCCGCCACGACCUCAUCCGCCUCUUGCUAUUUGUAUUCCCAGCAGCACGUUUGAUAUAAGCCUCGUUGCGCUCUCUUGCUCGCUCUCCCCCGUUCCCACCCCCACCCCACUCUGCUCGCCAUGAGCUCAUCCACCACCACCACCACGCCCAUCCCGCAGCCCAAGGAGACCCUCCUGCUAGGCAACAUCCUCGAUGUGGACCGGCACGACUCGAUCGGCUCCCUGCAGCGCCUCGCGGCGCUCUACGGCCCCAUCUACCAGCUCAAGCUCAAGGACAUGAUCGUGUUUGUUUCCCGGCCCGACCUCGUGACCGAGCUGUGCGACGAGUCGCGCUUCGAAAAGUACAUCUCCAACCCGCUCAAGGAGGUGCGCAACUUUGCAGGCGACGGCCUGUUCACGUCCUGGGGCGAGGAGCCCAACUGGACGCUCGCGCACCGCAUCCUCGUGCCGGCCUUCUCGCCCGUCGCGAUCAAGAAGAUGCAGGGGAUGAUGAUGGACAUCAUUACCCAGAUGCUCAUGAGCUGGGAGCACCAUGCCGGCCAGCCGUUCGAGGCCGCCGACUCGUACACGCGGUUGACGUUCGACACGAUCGGCUGGUGCGCCUUCCGCUACCGCUUCAACUCGUUCCACGCGUCCGAGAUGCACCCCUUCAUCAACAUCAUGGUCAAGCUGCUCCUCGAGUCGCAGGAGCGCGCGCGCCGCCCGGGCCUCCUCAACACAAUGUUCUACAACUCGGACGCGGCGUACCGCGAGAACAUUGACGAGCUGUGGCGCCAGUGCGACGAGAUUGUCGCCGAGCGCCGCAAGUUCCCCGAUCCCGAGGCGCACGACUUGCUCAACAAUAUGAUUCUGGACAAGGAUCCCAAGACGGGCGAGCACCUGAGCGACGAGAACAUCCGCUACCAGAUGGUCACCUUCCUCAUCGCGGGCCACGAAACCACCUCGGGCAUGCUCACCUUCGCCACCUACUACAUGAUCAAGAACCCCGCGGUGCUCGUCAAGGCGCGCAAGGAGGCCGACGCCGUGAUCGCCGAGGCCGGCGGCAACCUGCUCAAGAUGAACCACGCCAAGCUGACGUACAUCGAGGCGAUCCUGAAGGAGGCGCUGCGUCUCCAGCCUCCCGCGCCGGCGUUCACCGUCACCCCGAAGAAGGAGGAGGGCGAGACCCUCGCCGGAGGCUACCACAUCAACAAGGGCCAGUCGGCCGCUGUGCUCCUGCACGCGCUCCACCGCGACCCGGGAGCGUGGGGCGCCGACGCGGAGGAGUUCAACCCCGAGCGCUGGCUCGACGGGCGCGAGAUCAAGCCUAACAGCUGGAAGCCGUUCGGCUCGGGCGCGCGCGCGUGCAUCGGCCGUAUCUUCGCGCUCCAGGAGGCGCAGCUCGCCCUCGCGCUCAUCGUCGCGCGAUUCGACCUCGAGAUGGCCGACCCCGGCUACGACCUCGCGAUCAAGCAGACGCUGACUAUCAAGCCGGCCGGCUUCAAGAUCGUCGCGCGUCCCAGGUUUAGGAACCAGUCGAUCCUCUCUGAGCUCAUGGCUGGCGGCGCUGCUGCGGGCCCCAAGGCCGACACGGAGGAGAUCCCCACCACGGCGCAGACGGCCGGCACAGGCAAGGCGGGCAAGCUGUACGUCUUCUACGGGUCCAACUCUGGCUCGUGUGACGGCCUCGCGCACGAGAUCAAGGCGGAGGGCACGGCGCGCGGCUUCGACGUCGAGAUCGGCGAGCUCGACUCCAAGGUCGGCAACGCCAAGCUGCCCACCGACGCGCCCGUCAUCAUCGUGACGGCGUCGUACGAGGGCAAGCCGACCGACAACGCGCGCAUGUUCGUCCAGAGCCUGUCGGGUCUGCAGGCCGGUGCGGCCACCGGCGUCAAGUACAUCGUCAUGGGCGCGGGCCACCACGACUGGGCGUCAACGUUCCACAAGAUCCCCAAGUACAUUGACCAGAGGCUCACCGACCUCGGCGGCGAGCGCAUCCUGCCGCUCCACACCGCCGACGCGGGCGGCGACAUUGUCGGCGACUUUGAGCAGUUCAAGACCGACCUCUGGGCGCACUUCAAGUCGGACGCGCCGACCCUCGCCGCGGGCGAAGCCAACAUCAAGGCCGCUGCGCCGGGCAAGGGCGCGGACGGCAAGCCCCUCCCGCUCAUGAAGGUCCUCCCGCCGACUGCCAACCCCGCCAACGAGAGCGUGUCGGCCGGCCUCAGCGGCGUCGGCACCAUCGUGUCCCAGGAGGUGCUGACCACCGCCACGCCCGAGUCGCCCGAGACAAACUCUAUCAAGGUCAAGAUCCCCGAGGGCCAGACGUACCGCGCCGGCGACUACCUCGCCGUGCUGCCCAAGAACCCCGACCCGGCCGUCGAGCGCGCGCUCGCCCGCUUCGGCCUCACGCCGGACGACCAGGUCGUGCUCAACCUCGGCACGUCGUUCCUUCCUGCCAACACGCCGAUCCGCGCUGGCGACCUGCUCUCGUCGUACGUCGAGCUCGGCCAGCCCUUGACCAAACGCCUCAUCGCCCCGCUGGCAGAGUACACGUCGAACGCGGUCGACAAGCAGAAGAUUCUCGCCCUCGGCGACGACUACUCGGCGAGCGUCAUCGCCAAGCGACUCAGCCUCCUCGACGUGCUCGAGAUCUACCCCUCGUGCGAUGCGCCGUUCGAGUUCUUCCUGUCCCAGCUGCCCAAGAUGAAGAUCAGGCAGUACUCGAUCUCGUCGACGCCGCUUCUCAACCCCGACGAGGUGAGCCUCACGUUCACGGUGCACACUGCGCCAUCGGCCGCGGGGCACAAGGCGCUCGGCGUCGCGAGCAACUACCUCGCGUUCCUCAAGCCCGGCGACAAGGUGUUCUGCAGCGUCAAGGCGAGCUCCGAGUUCCACCCGCCCAACGACCCCACCGUCCCGAUCGUCAUGUUCGCCGCGGGGUCUGGACUGGCCCCCUUCCGCGGCUUUAUCGAGGAGCGCGCGCUGCAGCACGAGGCUGGGCGCAAGAUCGGCAAGACGGUGCUCUUCUUUGGCACGCGCACGGCGCACGACAUCCUGCACGCUGACGAGCUCGCCAAGUGGGUCCGCGAGGGUGUGCUCGACUUCCGUCCCGUCCUCUCGCGCGACGACGGCACCCCGCUCCCAGCAGCGUUUGACGGUACCAACGUCCACCUCGUCAAGGGGACAAAGUACGCCCAGGACCGCGUGUGGGAGGAGCGUGCAGAGCUCAAGGACUGGUUCAUGGCCGGCGCAGAGUUCUACACCUGCGGCUCGGGCGCCCGUCUCGGGGCAAGCUUGAAGAAGACGCUCAUUGACAUUGUCAAGGACGUGGCGAGGUGCGACCACCUCAAGAGCGACCCCGAGGCACUCUAUGAGAAGAUUAGUCGGGACCGUUACAGGACGGACGUGUUUUUGUAGAUCUAGUGGAUGAUGCAACGAGUCGGU